AUGCUCGUCAACACGUUUUGCCUCAUUGCGUUCGCCACUCUUACCGUGGCUGCGCCUCAGCGCCCUGACCUCAACCGUGAUCCUGAUAAUAAUGGCGACCGAGUAGCACAGACGAAGCGGGUCGAGGAUCUCCGCAACAAGGGCCUUACUUGCAAUGAGGGUGCUCAGGAAGCUUUUAUAUGCUCUGAUGGCCUUGGCGGCGAUUGUUUUAUAAAUAUUUUCGGAGAAGGGAACUGCUUGAUUUAG